GUAUAUAAAUCACAUUCUCCAUCCUGAGAGAAAGACAGAUGCCUUUAAUCAACCAUGAAGAAGCUCUACAAGUGCCUGUGGAUCUUACUAGGGUUUUUAUUGAUUCAAGAAAUGGUGAAUGGACAAGAAGAGAAUGUAGCAUUUCAGCACACGGCCACGCAGUCGUCAAUGUAUAAGUUCUGGUUUAGCGAAUAUGCGGUGGACGGUGAUCGUGGCAGCUAUUCCCACACAAACCCACAGACCGACCCGUGGUGGAGAGUGGAUCUGAUGAAAGUAUACAGAGUGAACAGAGUGGCCAUCACUAACAGACUCAGUCCCACUUCUGAUACAGUAUCCAGAAUAAAUGGGGCGGUGAUUCGUGUUGGGAACUUUCCAGACAUUUACAGCAACCCAAUAUGUGCUGUAAUUUCGACUAUUCCAUCUGGAGCCACGGCCAACUUCUCAUGCGGUGCGAUGGAGGGACGUUACGUGAUUGUUCAUAUUCCUGGAAAUGGGAAGACUCUUAAUCUCUGUGAGGUUGAAGUCUACAGGUAUUUGGGAGGAAAUCGGGCAGUAGAUGGAGCCACUACACAGUCAUCAACAUCUGGGAACUGGAUUUCUGAAAGGGCCAUUGAUGGCAAUCGAGGUCUCCAGCAGUUGAAUACGGGAUGCUCCUCAACUCUCAGUGAGACUAACCCGUGGUGGAGGCUGGAUCUGCUUCAUAUUUACAGAGUUAGUGAAGUGGUUAUCACUAACAGAAAAGACUGUUGUGCAGAACAAAUAAACAGAGCUGAGAUUCGCAUCGGAAACUCUUUGGAGAACAACGGCAGCAACAAUCCCAUAUGUGCUGUUAUUCCUGCUAUUCCUGCAGGUGAGUCCUACAGCUACUCAUGCGGUGGGAUGGAGGGACGUUACGUGAAUCUGAUCAUUCCUGGAGAUAUGAAGACACUCACUCUCUGUGAGGUGGAAGUCUUUGGAGAAGGUCCUAUUUUAAAAAGAUCAUUUGUAAAAAUGCUGUUUAACUCCAGCAAGGAUUUGACCGAGUCUGCAAUGAGAGAAAACGUUCUGAAACAGUUGGGAUCUGCUCUAGCUGCUAGAGGACUCACAGAUGUGACUCUGCGUUGGUCUCAAACCCCUAAACGUGAGAUCCAGAAAGUGAACGCUAAGAGUCAUUGUAGUAAGGAAAAUUAAUGCUCUGGAAAUCAAAAGUGCCUUUUAUUUACUACAUGCAUAUUCAUUAAAGACAAUGAUUUUCAUUCUAAACACACUGACUGAAAUUUCCUCAUGUGUUUACAGUGUAAAGACUUUUAAAGUACUUCUGCUUACUUCCCUGUUGCUGCUUUCUUUGUGAACUGUAAAUCAGUGUGUAAGUGUAUUGUCCACAAAUAGAGAUAAAUAUUAAUAAAUGGAAUGAAAGUAAUUAAAUAGUCAUUCACA